AUGUUUCUCAUGGUUUAUGAGAGUACUUAAGUACUUAACUUGUGUUUUGUUUUGGUUUUGGUUUUGAGUAUAUAUAAUAAUAAUGUCUAAAAACAGUUAUACCCUUUUCUUUUCUUAAAAGGAGGAGAGAAGAAAAAAGUAGAACACAACAGAGAAGAAAGGAGAGAGUGAGAGGGGUCUUUGGAACUUAGUAUAAUGGCAUCAUUAGUCAUGUGUUUUGGAAAUACAAGCUCAAAUUUUGAUAAUUAUAAUAAAAAGAAAAACAGAAAAAAGUGAUAGUGUUGUUGGGUUUAUUGGGUACCAGCUGGUUCUUCUCUUCAUCAGAUUCUGGAUACUUCACUUGGUUUUUGCUGGAUCCAUUCUUCAAGGUUUUAAUAUUGUUUGCUUGGACUGAGUUUGGAGUGGUUUUUUGGUGAAUACUGAAGAUGGUGGAGAGGUUGUUUGCUUGGGUUUAAGUUAGUUAUUCGGGCGAAAACAAAGAUGGCUAAUAAAUUUGUAAAGAGUAAGAAAACUGGCUUUGGAAAUGAGGAUUCAUUAGAUAGUUUGAGUGAGGAGAAGGAGUUGUGUGGUGAGGUUAAGUAUAGGUCGAAAUCAGAAAGAAUAAUUAGAUGGGUAAAUCCUGAGCAAGCCUUGAUCUUAAGUGUUAAGCAUUCGAAAAUUGGUAAAAGUGGUGGGAAACAUCCUUUCUUUAAAAGUACUCAUGGUUUAGACUAUAUGAUUCCGAAGCCUAUGAUUAGUUUGGAUGAAAAGUAUCUUCGUCGUUGCUUGGAAUUGAUUCAUUUUAGAGCUUCAAGAGCAGCUCGAUGGAAUGCUUCGGUCAAUAUGAGCUCGGUUGAAAACUUGAGUCCAGAGACAAGAAGUGGGAAUGCAUUUGAUUCAGCUGGAUUAGUAUUCGCGUGUCCAAUGAUAGCCGGGACUGAAAAUUUGGUUAUAAGCCCGACAGGACAAUUGGUUUUGGGUACAAUCAUGGGAAGCAAGAGUAUGUUAAACAUCUUGAAGAGCCCUUUGCUACAGCAAUAUGGAGCAUUAGAUAGCAAUGCAAACUCGAAAAAUGUAAAUUCCAAUGAUGUCAAUGAUUCAAUAUGCUAUGAUUAUAUGGAAUCUCCUAGCGUGUUAAGUAUGUCGUCGCCAUUGAAUGUGAACAAGGGUACUCCAACCAGGGAAAGAAACAAAUAUGGAUCUGAUAUCACACAAAAAAGGCUUGUUUAUUCAUCGAGCACGAAUUCUGCUUGUUCGGAUCAAACUUCAUCGUCUGCUACUGCCACUAUCAAUCAGGGGAUGCUCCAAUGUACUUGGAAGGGUGGAAAUCCUCAUUUUGUUUUGUCCAUGGAUGAUCAUAAAGAUGUCUAUGUAGCCAACUUGUGGAAAGUUGAGUCAAAGGGUGGUGACAAGGGUGUUGACUAUAUAUACUUGUUCCAUUCAGGAAAGGGUGGUGGGCAAAAGGAUCAUGAGAUUAGUGAUAGUCAUUCUCACCUUGUUGCAAAGAUGAAAGUUUCAAGCUCUUUCACCCUCGCCCCGAGCAAUUCAAAAAUCAUGGAGACCGAGUUUGUAUUGUACGGUGGAAAUGAACAUUAUAUGACAGAAUUGCAAACUUGUAGCCAUAAUCUCAGGAAGAGUAAAGCCUUUACAAAGAAAAUGUCAGAAGUAUUUAAGAAUAGUAUCUCAUCUAAACAUAAAACCGUGCCUAAGUAUAGUGGAUCGUCUGCAAUACUGGAAGACUGCUCCUUGGAAUCAUCCCUCGAUACAAGUGACAAUCACGAAUCAGCAGUAGGGUCUGGUAGGUUAGAAGAUCUUCCUCCUACAAAUUUUGAAUUGGCUGCAGUGGUUGUAAAAGACCACAUUGUCAACAGUCAGAAGGAGGAGCCUGGAGGUUGGGGCUUGGGAUUUCUCAAGAAAGUUGGGAUCAAACAAACCACUAAGUCAUUGGAAGCCUCUGAAGGUUUUCGAAAUAGUGGUGAUUGCUCCACAAGUAUGGACAUUUUGAUCCCAGCUGGUGUUCAUGGUGGACCAAGAACAAGAAAUGCAGGUCCUUCCAGUCUCACCGAAAGAUGGAAAUCUGGUGGGGUUUGUGACUGUGGUGGUUGGGACAUAGGUUGUCCUCUCAAGAUACUUAAACCCAUAUCAAGCAACAAUGAUGUUUUGCCUAACACCCAAGGGGAAUGCAAAUCAUUUGAUUUUACUAUACAGGGUUCGGAACCUAGCACACCGACGUUGAGAAUUGUGAAUGUCCAGGAUGAUUUGCAUUUUAUUCAGUUUCAACGGACUCUGUCCGUACUACAGUCUUUCUCGAUUGCAGUAGCAAUAAUCCAUUCACGGAGUCAUACUCUCCGGCCAAAAGAUGUACAUGAAUUGAAGUAGCAAGAACAAGGUUGAAGUUAGUGUAGUUAUUGUAUUUCUCUUACUGUAUUACACCUGUGAGUAAGUUACCAAUUAUGAUAUAGCUAUUUAUACUAAGAUUGAGAUUAUUUUUACCUUGUUUUCUAGAAAUCAAUAUUAAGUAUUAUUAUUUUUUCUUAAUUUUAGUUGGUCUGAUUGGGUUUUGUGUCUUGAUUCUUGCCCCCAAAAGUUACAUGUAGUUGAAUGUACAAUCUUUUGAUAGUGUUGCCUUUGUAUGAAAUCUACUUCUCGACGAUUUUCACUCGUCUGAAGCAAUAUUAUUGAACUUUCUUACCAUAAAA